AUGCCUGAAACAAUCCCCUUUCCCCUUGGAUCCCUUGCUCGGUGCUGCAGAAUAGGGCUCAUUCCGUCCAUCAUCGGCCAGCUCUCCUCGCUGAAGAGACUCGCGCUCAGCCACAACGCCCUCUCCUCGCUGCCGCCAGAGAUUGGCCAGCUGAAGAACCUGGAGUGGAUCGAUGCUGCUCAUAACAGGUUGGGGAUCAUCCCACCUUCCAUGGCAGAAUGCACGUCUCUUGCAGAGGCCAAUUUCUCAGCAAACUUCAUCUGCCACGUGCCAGCUGCUCUGGGUAGACUCACCAAUCUGAAGAUCUUGCUGCUGAGCAACAAUGCGAUCAAGAACUUCCCCUCGGAGGUGCUAACAGGGUGCACGGAGCUCUUCACUCUCUCCCUGCAUGGCAACCAAAUCACCAUUGACCAACUGCGCGAGAUUGAGGGGUGGGAGGAGUACGACGAGAGACGGCGAGCCAAGUACAGCAAGAGGCUCGAGUUGCAGGCACUGGCGUCGUCAAGUGGGUUUGAUGAGGGAGCUGAUGCCCACCUGUGGCACAACUGGUGA